AUCAACAACUGCUUUGCAUUGACAGGAUAAAAUGAGAAGGGGCGUGGAAGAGGAGAUACAGGAAGUGAGGGAAGAGAGAAAAUGGAGAAGCUUGAUGCAAGAGCUGAGAAAGGUAAGUUACAUAGCAAUGCCAAUGGUGGCAAUAAACCUAAUGCAGCACUUGUUUCAAGUCAUGUCUGUGAUGAUGGUGGGACACCUGGGUCAACUCUCCCUCGCAAGUGUUGCCAUUGCCAACUCUAUCACCAAUGUCACAGGCUUCAGCCUUCUUACAGGAUUGGCGGGGGGAUUGGACACGCUGUGUGGACAAGCAUAUGGAGCACAGGAAUACAGAAAACUUGCCAAUUAUACUUACGGUGCCAUCAUCUCUCUCCUCUUGACUUGCAUCCCGCUCUGCAUCAUCUGGAUCUUCAUGGACAAGCUACUGAUUCUCAUAGGCCAAGAUCCUUCGAUCUCAGUUGAAGCUCGCAAGUACUCAUUCUAUCUAAUUCCUGCAUUGUUUGGUGGUGCAGUCUUCAAACCCCUGACGCGAUACUUGCAGUCGCAGAGUUUGGUUCUUCCAUUGCUUACAAGCUGCUUCUUUGCCCUAUGCUUACAAGUAGCCUUGUCUUGGGUUCUCAUCUUUAAGUUAAAGUUGGGAAGCAUUGGUGCAGCCAUCUCAAACAGUAUAUGCACUUGGCUCAAUGUUAUAUGCAUCGGAGUUUACAUAAAACACUCUGCAGCCUGUAAGAACAUUCCCAUGGUUCUCUCCAAAGAUGCCUUCCUCUGUAUUGGGAAAUUCUUCCGUUUAGCCGUCCCUUCUGCUGUAAUGGUUUGUCUGAAAUGGUGGGCAGUGGAGGUGCUUGUCUUGCUAUCUGGCUUUCUACCAAAUCCAAAGCUCGAGACUUCUGUGCUUUCAAUAUGCUUUGCCAUCUCUAGUCUGCACUUCAUGAUACCUCACGGAAUUGGGGCAGCUGCAAGUACAAGAGUUUCCAAUGAGCUAGGAGCUGGGAAAGCAAAAGCAGCUCAAAUGGCUGUCUGCACUGUGAUGCUCAUCACAGCCACAGAGACUGCCAUAGUGUGCUCGAGCCUCUACUGCAGCCGGCAUCUUCUGGGACACGCUUACAGCAAGGACCGACCUGUGGUGAAUUAUAUUGCUGUAAUGACUCCCUGGAUUUGUGCUUCCGUUGCCUUGGACAGCUUUCCAGCAGUGAUUUCUGGUAUCGCUAGGGGGAGCGGGUGGCAACAUAUUGGGGCCUAUGUCAAUCUGGGAUCAUUUUAUCUGAUUGGACUUCCAGUAGCCAUUGUUUUGGGUUUUGUUGUACAUAUGAAAGCUAAGGGCUUCUGGAUUGGGAUAGUGGCUGGCACUGCUGUACAAUCAGCCGUUCUCUCUCUUAUAACCGGUCUCAUAGAUUGGCAAAAGCAGGUAACCAUGGCAAGGGAGAGGAUAUUAUAGGGAGAUCAGGAGGAUGGCCCUAAGUUAUUGAAUUGGUUGAAGUAAUUUCUAUUUAAAUAUCUUAGAAUGAGCUCUUAUGAACCAUAAUAGGAUUAACUAAAGGGAUAUCUUCCUUUAAGUUUGAGUUAUUGAAGUACUUUCUAUUCAAAUCUUCAUUGUGUUCUGCAUGAGCUCUUAUGAAGCAUGGUAUGAUGUAUUAAGGCAUGAAAACAACCACAUAGCCUUGUAAGUUCUA